UCUUUUUCUGUUCUGCAAUUCUCCAUAUUUGUUACUUUGAACCUGAAACUCACUUGGAUUGUUGUUUGAUUAGUUACUACUUCAUUGGUCUGUCUGAACCUCAUCACAAGUUUGCAAAGGUGGUUGUUGUUUUUAAAAGAAUAAUUUUAAAUGCAAAUAUUUAUAUCUGUGCAGAAGUACAUAAUAGAAGUCUCUUAACUGAGAACUAGGUUUUAUGCUGAGUGUCAUGAUGGAUGGAUAUGUUUCAGUAAUUACAUGCUGGACACUGUCAUUACUGGUCAUGUGAAUCUUUUGCAAUGUCGACUUCAAAAGGGAGUCUUUGUUUGCAUGUCAUGAGCUGUUAACCAUCAGAUCUGACUGUAAACAAUGAUUGUUUCUCUCUUCUUCCUACUGUUAGCCAGUGGAUUUCUGUUUCUUAGCAGCUGUUCUUAUAGUUUUAGUGAAAGACAUAGUUGCAGUAUGUGAUUUUUUUUCUUUAUCAUUUAGUGUUUCUUUUUAGAAUGCCACUUAUCUGCUCCAUGCAAUCUUAAAAGCAAUGAAGAGAAUAAACAAUUAAACUAUCCAUGGGAAAGGGCCUCUUGAACCAUGUAACGGGUGAAGCUGCUGAUAUGAUGAUAUUUUAAGAACUAUGGCUAUAAUUUGAACCAGUUCGUGAUUGGGUCUUGUCGGUUGUCAGGCUCACUCUCCCAUCAGUAAUUAAAAUAUCCCAUAACUGUCCUGCGAUUGAAACAUAUGUAUCUGUCUGCACAUAUGUUUUGUUGCAAACAGUCAUUUGUGUGUGUGUAGUGACAUAUCUACUCCUAUAUGUGUGCUGUCCAGUUUGGUAGUUGUAUUGUAGCAGUUUGCGGAACAUCCAGUGAGGUAGUGUAUCUCUGCGGUGUGUUUCUGAUCUUGCGAUGACAAGUCUGAGUGUGAAAUCUAUCGGGUAAUUGUGAGCAGUGAGAUUUAAGGUCGUCUGAGACUGGUGUGCAGGGCUGCAUGCAUUGCAAGAGAUUGUUCACUUACGGCCACAGCUAUGACCUCCCAGAUAUUGGAAGCAAAUAGAUCAUUCUAAAUAUAUUCUCUUUGAAUGUCAAGCACGGCUGCCAUCCAGGAAAGCCAUGCGGCAGAUUAUUUUACAUUUUGACUGACUGUUGCGUCACAAGUAGUUCAUGGAAAAGCCCAAAUGAAAAUGCUAACCUGCAUAGGGUUGAGAUAUACUGAGUUAUUAGCCUACUGUUUAGAAUUGAGUUGAAAGCCAGGCUAGUGAUUCUUUCAUUUUCUGUAAUCAGGGAGAAGCAGUUUUAGUAUUUUUCCAGAAUGUGUAUGAAUAAAUAUGUUCUUUGUGAAUUUGUGCUUGCCACUUGUACUUUGCCAAAGCUUUGUGCAGUUUCCUUUCUCUUCCAUGUCAUCCCUCUGUAUGUGUGUAUGCUUGCUUGCUUUUGUCUGUUUCCAGCCCACUUAUGUCCAUUCUUACAAAAAAGAAAAAAAAACAGGAUGACGUGAAGGAUCUCCAGAUUCUUUCAAUGAAAAUGCAGCCUGGAAGCAUGCCAUUGAAAAAGCCAAAUCCAUGCCUGAUCCCUGGGCGCAGUUCCACCUGGAGGAAAUUGAAACAGAGCUUUGCGUUCGAUACAGGCACAAUGCUGUUACUGGAGAGUGGGCACAGGACCAGGUUUACAUAAAGAUGGCUUCCCAGCCCUUUGGCAGAGGAGCCAUGAGAGAAUGUUUUCGAACGAAGAAGUUAUCAAAUUUCUCUCACAGCAGCAAAUGGACAGCCGCUUCCAACUAUGUGGCAAAGCGCUACAUCGAGCCUGUGGACCGAGAGGUGUACUUGGAGGACGUUAGGCUACAGAUGGAGGCCAAAUUAUGGGGAGAGGAGUACAAUCGUCAUCGGCCCCCUAAACAGGUGGACAUCAUGCAGGUGUGUGUGCUGGAAAUGAGUCAGCGCCCAGGAAAACCCCUCUUCCACUUGGAGCAUUACAUUGAGGGGAAGUACAUCAAAUACAACUCCAACUCAGGAUUUGUUCGGGAUGAAAACAUUCGGCUCACCCCUCAGGCGUUCAGUCACUUUACAUUUGAGCGCUCUGGACAUCAGCUGAUCGUGGUGGAUAUUCAGGGAGUGGGAGAUCUGUACACUGACCCCCAGAUCCACACUGACUGCGGAACUGACUUUGGAGAUGGAAAUCUGGGUAUGAGGGGGAUGGCUCUGUUUUUCCAUUCCCACCUGUGCAAUAAGAUCUGUAAGAGCAUGGGCCUGACCCCCUUCGACCUCUCUCCUGCUGAGAAAGCUCAGCUCAACUGCACUAGCAAGCUUCUGAAGUCUGCUAAGACGGUGCUGCGAGGACACGAGGAGCACUGUGGGUCCCCCAGAGUUCGCACCAUCUCUGGGGGGCGCCUGCCCCCUCUGCUGAGCCGCCUCUCGGAGACCUCCUCUAACGAUGACGCCGUGAGUGACUCGGACUCCAUUCCCUGCUCUCCAAUGCAGUUCAGCAGCUCAGUGGGAAAGUCUUCACUAGGCACUGAUUCUCCCUUGGGCUGGUCCUUCACAAGUGAGAUCGACUUACAGGGUGAAAAGAACAAUAACAUCCCAGAGCACAGAGACCAGGAGAGCGGCGGAGACAGCGGGUGUCCCAGUGAGAGGCGCAGUGAAGGAGACCCUGCUGAACAUGGCGACCGGGGCCAUUUCCACCGCAGCAAAUGUCUGUCCGAGUCGGACGACGACAGUGUUCGACGGCUGACUGAGGAAAAAUGGAGUGUCUUCCACACGACUCGUCAGAACAUUCACAGGCCCUCCUGUGUGGCUGUUGAAGUUGAGAGGCUGAAUGCUCUAGACCUGGAACGGAAAAUGGGCAAAUCUAUCCUGGGGAAGGUGCACUUGGCCAUGGUGCGUUACCACGAGGCGGGCCGGUUCUGUGAGAAGGACGAGGAGUGGGACCGGGACUCCGCCAUGUAUCACCUGGAGCGGGCAGCCAUGUGCGGGGAGCUGGAGGCCAUCGUGGCCCUGGGCCAGUGUUACCUGCAGCUGCCACACCACAUUCUGCCUGAAAACACAGUGGAGGACAAUGAAGAGAACAGGAAGAUCGGCUUCCAGUACUUGCUGAAGGCAGCAGAGGCAGGAGACAGACCCUGUAUGAUCUUAGUGGCCAGAGCUUUUGAUACUGGAGUCAGCCUCCCACCUGACAGGACUCAGGACUGGAAGGAGGCUGUGCACUGGUAUAAUUGUGCCCUGAACAUGACGGACUACGAUGAGGGUGGCGAGUUUGACGGCAUGCAAGAUGAACCGCAGUAUCUGCUGCUGGCCAGAGAGGCAGAGAUGUACCAGGAAGGCCAGUUUGGCCUGGACAAAGACUUCCAGAGGGCAGGUGACCUGUACACAGAGGCAGCUGAUGGCGCAAUGGAAGCAAUGAAGGGCAGACUUGCUAACAAAUACUACAUGAAGGCAGAAGAGGCCUGGGGAAUGAUGGAGGAAUGAAAGGGUUUACCACACCGGCCAGACUGUUCAACUCAUCUCAUAUUCUUCUCAUUCCCAAACUGUUUACACUUCACAUUUGACUUAAUUUCAGACUCUUCACUAAAAUUUGACUACCAUUUGCAUCUCACAUUUGAUUAUUUCCAAUCAGACUAUCUCACAUUUUACUUAUUUCUAGACUGCUCACAUCUCACAUGGACCUUGCUCCCAGACCUUCCAUAUGUUGUCAAGGGUUUUCGUAUCUGAUAUAUUUGACUUAUUUCCAGGCUGUUUGUAGCUUACAUUUAACGUAUUCCCAGUCUAAUCAUAUCUCAAAUUUGCCUUACUCCCAGUCUGUUUGCAUAAACACAUUGGCUUAUUCCCAGGCUGUUAAUGUUUACACCCCUUUAUAUGAUUCAAGGGUUUAAAUGCUGCAUUGUGCUUUUGUAUAUGGGUAUCCUGGGGCAUAUACUGGUGCUUUUUAUAUAAACUGUGAUGUCUUCCCUAUUUUGUGUUCUAACCUUUAUUAAGUUGGUGUGCUGAGAAGAUCACUGACAAACUGGCAGCCAGGAAAGUAGUUGUUCACAUAUUUUUCCUUCAAAGAGAGAGACAAGGCCUUUUACAUUUUGAUUAAGCAUUCUUUCCCCAUCUUCCCUUCAAGCACCUUGAACAGUAAUGUAAUAAAACUUUUUAAAUGGCAGAAUUUGGCAGAUAUUGUAGAAUUCAGACAAAAUGGUCAUAUUUGCAAUAUACAGUACAGUCAGGAAAUAUUUGGACAGUGACACAUUUUUUGUUGUUUUGUUUCUGUUCUCUGGCACAUUGUAUUUGAAAUGACACAAUGAGUAUGAGGUUAGAGUGCAGACUAUCAGCUUCAAUUUGUGGGUAUUUACAUCAUAUCAUGUGUAGAUACCAUGUAGAAAUUACAGCCCUUUAUGUAUAUACAUAGUAACCCCCCCCCCCCCCAUUUUGGGACCAAAAGUAAUGGCUGCUCAGCUGGUUCUUGGCCAGCUGUGUGUUUUUGCAUCAUUAGUUCAUGCACAAGAAAGCUUAAAAAACGGUCUAGAUUUGAUUGUAGGUGAGGAGUUUGUAUUUGGAGUCUAUUGCUGUUGUCUCUCAAAAUGAGGACAAAAGAAGUGUCAAUGCCAGUAAAGUAGGCCAUCAUAGAAUAGAAAAACCUGAAUAAAUUGAUCUGAGACAUAGCCAAAACAUUUGGUGUGUCAAAAUCAACUGUUUGGUACAUUGUUGAGAAGCAAGAAUGCACUGGUGAGCUUAUAAAUAGCAAACGACCCGGUAGUCCGCGGAGUACCCCUGUAGUGCAGUACUAAAGAAUACUGUAAAUUAAGAAAAACCCCUUUUCAACUAUUGAACAGAUCAAGCACACUCCAUGAUAUAGGCAUAGAUGUGUUGAAGACUAUCAUAAAGGGAAGACUACACCAGCAUAACCUUUCUACAAGAUGCAGACAGCUGGUAAGCCUCAAGAACUGAACAGGCACCUUUGAAUUUGCUUCAAAAGUAUAAUUUAAAAACUGUAGAGUUCUGAAACACACUGUUGUGGACAAAUGGGCAAUCGGUGUCAUUGAUGCAAAGCACCAUUCUGCUGCUUGAGUGCUAAUAACUCCCCCUUGUGGAGAAUCUUCAGCCUGCUGAGCGUGAGAGAGUGUGUGAGUGAGUUUGGAGCCAGAUCGGUGAGGUGCUUUGCAUCUAAAAAGGGCUGACAUUCCUACGUGGAUCACUGGAUAUGGACGUAAAUGCUCUUAAAGCUGACAGUCUGCACUUUAGCCUCAUUUCAUUUUUGUUUCAUUUCAAAUCCAAUAUGCUGAAGUACAGAGCCAAAACAACAAAAAUUGUGUCACGGUCACAAUACUUACGGAUUGCUCUGUGUAUGACUGUUUUAAUAUUAUGCUUUCCUUUUUUAUUGUAUGCCGUAGCAGGUCAGAUGCUGCAUGUGAGAGUGGAUUUUAUUUUUAAGUUGGCAUGAAUAUGUAUGUGAACUUAUUUUCUAUAAGCAUGGAAUUCCUUUGUGGAAUUAUUUCUGUAAAAUUUCUUAAUAUGUGAAUAAAAGAUUGUAACAGCUUUAAAA